AUGCCAAGCCACAUAAGAGCAAGUUGGCGGAACAGUGGAAAAAAAAAUGAUGUGGCUAUCUUAUUAUGGCCUGCAAAAAGUCCAGAUCUCAAUCCAAUUGAGAAUAUGUGGAGCUACCUUGAUAACAAGGUUAGAGAUAGAAGACCCCAGCCUACCACGCUAAAAGAACUGGACGUUGCUUUGUUGGAGGAGUGGGCAGAAAUCACAGCAAGUACUUGUGUGAAGUUUUGCCUGAGCAUUAAAGAUCGUAUGAUAUUAGUUAGGAAGAAGCAUGGAGGAGCUAUUAACUAUUAA